GCAGCCUCUUUACUAUAUCCUCGGUCAUUUUACACAUCAUAGACGUAAUCACGUGUAGAAAGUUUUUGUAUAAAUAGCGGCAGAUGAGCUGCAGUAGGUACAUUGUGAACCAAUCUCGACUUGGAUCAACAUGAAGUUUUUGAUCGUAUCUCUCAGCCUGGCGGUGGUCGCCUCCGCCCAGUACAAGGAACCCCUCAAUCAGAACUACGCCAAGAUCUUGCGCCAGGAUCAGGAAGUGAACCCUGAUGGAACCUACGAUUUUACAUACGAAACUGAAAACGGAAUUUCCGCUGCUGCGAAAGGCGGUCCUGUCGGCUCGGGGCCCAACGGUGAACUCGUCAUCCAGGAAGAGGGUGGAUUCCAGUACACGGCUCCCGACGGCCAGGUAAUCGCCGUCAGGUACAUCGCCGGUCCCAACGGCUUCGUUCCCGAGGGAGCCCAUCUUCCGGUCGCCCCACCAAUACCCGAGGCUAUCCUCCGCUCCAUUGAGUUCAACAGGGCUAACGAACGCAAGGAAGCACCAGAAUACAGGCCCCCGCAGACCAUCUACCAGCCGUCGACCACAGCCAGACCUUUCUACCCUUCGUCCACCGUCUACCCCAGCCCGAACCCCUUCGGCAGGCAACCCAACUUCUAUAACCGUCCUGGAUACCAGCAGGGCUAGAACCAGCCUGGACGCCGCUAAACCGUGGGAUGAUUUAGAGUCGUCAGUUACAAUGUAGUAAACCGUAUAUACAUAUACAUAUAUAUAUAUAUACAUAUGUACAUAUACAUAUUCCUUUUUUUUUGGGAUGAAUAAACAAGUGUUCUGAACAA